GCGGCAGGGGGACCCAUCUGCUUUGCACCCUGCUCCUGGGCCAAGCCGGAGCCAACGCCGCCCUGGCCGGUUGGCUAUGCGCCUCGCUGCCGCCGGGUUUCGGGGACCCCGGGGAGGACUACAAUGAGGCGGGGGUUCAUUUCCCGUGGCUGCCAGUGCUUCUAUGCACGGGCGCCGUGUUCCUGGGAGCUGAGAUUUGCCCAUACUCGGUGUGCUCACGGCACGGGCUGGUCAUCGCCUCUCACAGUGUAUGCCUGACCCGCCUCCUCAUGGCGGCCGCCUUCCCGGUGUGCUACCCGCUGGGCCGUCUGCUGGACUGGGCGCUACGUCAGGAGAUCAGCACCUUCUACACGCGGGAGAAACUACUGGAGACACUGCGGGCUGCAGACCCCUAUAGCGAUCUGGUGAAGGAGGAGCUGAACAUCAUCCAGGGAGCCCUGGAGCUGCGCACCAAAGUGGUGGAGGAGGUGUUGACCCCCCUCGGGGACUGCUUCAUGCUGCGUUCAGAUGCGGUGCUCGACUUUGCCACCGUCUCUGAGAUCCUUCGAAGCGGCUACACUCGCAUCCCCGUUUACGAGGGCGACCAGCGACACAACAUUGUGGACAUUCUUUUUGUCAAGGACUUGGCCUUUGUGGACCCUGACGACUGCACCCCACUCCUUACCGUCACCCGCUUCUACAACCGGCCUCUACACUGCGUCUUCAAUGAUACCCGGCUGGACACAGUGCUGGAGGAGUUUAAGAAGGGAAAAUCUCACCUGGCCAUUGUCCAGAGGGUGAAUAAUGAGGGAGAAGGAGACCCUUUCUAUGAGGUAAUGGGCAUUGUCACACUGGAAGACAUCAUAGAGGAAAUCAUCAAGUCAGAGAUCCUGGAUGAAACUGACCUCUACACCGACAAUCGGAAAAAACAAAGGGUCCCGCACCGAGAGAGGAAACGGCAUGACUUCUCCUUAUUUAAGCUUUCCGACUCAGAGAUCAAAGUGAAGAUCUCACCACAGCUUCUGCUGGCCACACACCGCUUCAUGGCCACAGAAGUGGAGCCUUUCAAGUCUCUUUACCUUUCGGAGAAGAUUCUCCUCCGGCUCCUGAAACAUCCCAACGUGAUCCAGGAGCUGAAGUUUGAUGAGAAGAACAAGAAGGCCCCAGAACACUACCUCUACCAGCGUAACCGCCCUGUGGACUACUUUGUGCUGCUUCUACAGGGUAAAGUGGAGGUGGAGGUUGGUAAGGAAGGUCUUCGCUUCGAGAAUGGAGCCUUUACCUACUAUGGUGUCCCAGCCAUCAUGACCACUGCUUGCUCAGAUAAUGACGUGCGCAAGUUUGGAAGUCUGGCUGGAUCCUCCGUCUUUCUAAACCGAUCCCCUUCUCGCUGCAGCGGGUUGAAUCGCUCUGAGUCUCCGAAUAGAGAGCGCAGUGACUUUGGUGGGAGCAACACCCAACUGUACGGCAGCAACAACAACCUCUACACACCUGACUACUCAGUCCACAUCCUCAGCGAUGUGCAGUUUGUGAAGGUCACACGACAGCAGUACCAGAACGCACUCACCGCCUGCCAUAUGGACAGCUCGCCCCAGUCCCCUGACAUGGAGACCUUCACUGACGGUGACUCCACCAAAGCUCCCGUGACUCGGGGCACACCCCAGACUCCCAAGGAUGACGCUGCCCUCAUGUUACUGAACAACAGGACCAGCCUGCCGUGCAGCCAUUCAGAGGGUCUGAGAAGCCCUGGGGAGGUGGUAUAUCUGAGGAUGGAGGACAUGGCCUUCACCCAGGAAGAAAGGACCGACUUCGAGGCACACAAGACACAGCAGCGCUCACUGUCCCCUUCGGCUGUUCCCACAGCAGCAGCAUCAGAUAAUGAAUGUUGUAAUAUCACCCUGGACACAGAGACCAGUCCUUGCAGCAGUGACUUUGAGGAAACCGUGGGCAAGAAGUUGCUGAGAACCUUGAGUGCUCGAAAAAGGAAGAGGUCAGCAGAGGGAGAGAAAACCUCCGAAGAAAACUCCAAUUUAACACCUCUGAUCACAUGACAGGCAAAGACAGCAUUCAUUAGUGUGUGAGAUCCAGGGCUUUGGGGGAGGAUCUGCCCUCCCAUCAUCUGCUUGCCCCCAAGGCCUCCCGUGGGUGACAGCAUUCUGCCUUCCUCUCCACCUUUGCAACCCGAGCUGUCAGUUUGGCAGAUUUUUCCCUUGUUGCCUCCAGUUUGACUCAGAACCUUGCCAUGGCCAUAACAGAAGAAGGUGCCUCUUACAGAAAUGCUAGAAAUGGUCUUGUCCUUAGCACAGUCUGAGACUAGAAAAGAGAUAACCCCAAGCUGACAAUACCACUCUGAGACCACUAUGUUCUUUGUUCUUUGGGAUCGUCCGUGUUUAGGAGACCCAUGUCCUAGAAUUCACCAUUCUUUCCUCCAUUUAAAAUGGUAACUUUAUACCCUAUUUCACACCUACCUUAGUUCAGAAGGUGCCACCAGCAGAUGGACACAUAGCAGGCUGGAAUAGCAGGUAUAAAGAUUAGUUCGGGGGUGGACCCGGAAUUCCUCCAGAACUUUGGAGCACGGGACUCAGCUGUGUUGGCCUGUGAUUGAUGUUACGGCACAGAAGACGUGAGUGACUGGUUUCCUGUGAGAUAAGAGUUUCAGCAGCCUGGGGAAGUAUGCCUCAGCUGGAAUGAAAAGAAUGUGAGAUGGGACCUCAACUCAUUGUUUUUCCCAGGGACACAUCUGUUUUGGCUCCCAGUUCAUAGUCAUUAAUGGACCAAUAAAUCUGCUCUGGAAGAGGAGCAGGGAGCAAAGAAACCCAGUUGGGAGCCAAAGAUGGAACUUCAGGAUUUAAGUGCAUAUCAAAGAAAAAAAAAACACUUAAAUGGAAAAAUUCUAAGCUGUGAAAAUGAGUUUAGCCAUGACAAACCAAAGAGUGCCCAGGUCUGCCGAGAAGGAUCCAUGAGGACUUCGGUGUGCAUUACAUAGGAAUGUUGAAGAAUCGCCUUUAUUUUUCAUCUAUUUCUCUGACUUCUUACUAUAUACCCCAGCAGGUCAGCUAAGUGUACUUUAGUCCCAGAACCUGCCGGAUCUCUGGUUUUUUUCCUCCGGCACAUAGGGGCCGGUGCAAUUCUAAAAAUAACCACGAGAUGGCAGAAUGGCUGCACAUACAGUACAGUACCUACUUCGAGGAACUGUUCAGUUCUGAUCAGGAACUAUAGCAAGCCUUAGGGAAAAUUUGAAAGUGUGGUUUGUCUUCAGAAAUCCUGUCUGCCUUUCUGAUCUAUCUCCCAUGCUUUGGGUGCCCUUUGGUCAGUACCCAGUGGUCCAGUGGUACCAGAUGAAUCUUCGAACCAUUUCCAAACUUUUCCCUGUGGUGUACAAUGCAAACUUCCCUCCACUUCUUCAAAAGGCUAGCUCCCUCCCCUCACCCACUCAGUUAAUCACAUGGGGCAGGGGAGAAACUGAUAAUUCCUCUGGGUUAUUUGCAUGUCAAAAGAAAAUGCUUACCCAUAGGAACCUUUAACUCAGGGGUCCUAAACUUGGGGUCUGUUACCCCAAAAGGUCCAUAGUUGGACUUCAUAGGGUCUAUAAAACCCUUAAAACUGUCUGAAUUUAGUGUAUGUUUUUGUGUGUGCUUUCCAGAGUUAAAGCUUUCCUAAGAUUCUCAAAGUUCUCAGACCCACAAAGGGUUAAAAUAACCACUACUUUCAGUCAUGGAACUUUCAGUCCACUGUUUUUGCAAUGCAAGGUGAAGUGAAUACUGGUCAUUUUGAGACAGACCUUAGAUUCUAAGUGGUCUUCUCAAAUUUCUCUCAGUCAAUGGGGAAGGCUGGCACCCACCCAGAAGCAAGAGUCCUCAGACAUUCUUGGCACCCCCUUGAUAUUGUGCGUCCCUGCCCCACCAAACCGAAACAGGCAUUGCAGACAGGAGGGCCACAGCAUGUGGAAGGACUUGGAGCUAGAGAUGCCUCUUUCAGUAACGUAUUACUGACCUGACACACCCCUUGCCUGGCCUGAUCCGGUCUGAGGCUCAGCCAUGCAUGUGUUCUUGCAGAUAACCCUACAGCUACCCCCUCCCCACCUGCUUUUCUCUGGUAGGAACAGUGUCAGCCUUCAGUGCUGGGCAUCUUAGACCCAGAAGUGUAAAUGGUGAGUUUUUAGCAUAUAUUGCCAUCCUGCAGUCUCCUUGCCCAGCUGGCCAUGGACACAAGAGGGCCUGGCAAGGCACCUUUUCAUUAUCUUUAGGCCACCAGGCUCAGACCACUACUCCUGCAUUACAUCCACCCCUUUGCACAACCCCUAAGGAGCCUGUCACCACUCCUCUUCCUAGCUCCCUACCCACAGAAUUUCUUCAGGUUUCACCUAAAAGGCUUUUAACAUAAAGCAUCUAUGAAGGGUCAAUUGUAAAUAAUUUUGAAAUAAAAUGAAAAUGCCUUUACUGGAAUGUGGUUGUUUGCCUUGCCCCAGGAAUCGGGAGUUGCAUCUGUGAUGCAGGUCGGAUGGCGCACAUAAGUAGUUCUCACCUGUGCCUCACCUGCCUGAAAAGGCAAACCUCUCACAGCACGUGUGAGGCCGAGGAAGGUUACAGGAGAGCUCUGGCACCGUACUGUGGGCGGCCAGCUGAGUCGGAUUUUGCAGGAGUGAAUGCCAGAAGUGGGAAAUAAAACCCAGACAGCCAGAAUACAAAUGGAGACUAGGGAGGAACACUAAGAGGAUAAAGAGCAGGGCUCCCAUUUGUUGAACAGAAGGGAAGGUGAGGCCCUGGUGGGAGUUCCCCAAGUUCAAGGUCUUGAGAAGCCAGACCCAGACAAGAGUCUGUGCCGCUCACUCUGGCUCACUUCGUCAGACCCUGUGAAGAGGAGCGAAAGUGUCACCGUCUUAACAGUUUCCAGUCAAAGGCUGGGGAAGGAACCACAGACUGGACCAGACCUACUGGUCAACUGGAGACCGACACGGGAAGGCAGGAACAGCCGGAUGGGAAGAUGAUGUGUUUGAGUGCGGAGUAUCUUUGCGGAAGGAAAGUUUGAAUGUGAAACUCAUCUCACAAACAGCAAGCAGAACAAAUAGUGGCCCACGCCGGGACAAUGUAAGAUGCAUUCCAGGAUCCUCAGUGGAGGCUAUUCAUUUCAUUACAAAUAACAGUAAAGUAUAGCAACA